AUGAAAAUUAAUGAAAAUCUGAAAGAACGUGUUGCACAACUCGAACAAAUACUUGCAGGAAAAGAAUCUAUGACAGAAGCAAAAACAUCAAUGGCAAUGAAGUUUCAAGAAGAAUAUAAUCAUGUUACAAAGGAUUAUCAGCGAAUACUAGAUCUCUACAACAAGAUGGUUGUUCAAUUAAGAGAAUCUCGAAACAGGAUUAGUGAACUUGAAGCAGAAUUUAGAUAA